AUGAGGGCAAGCUUUCUACUGACGGUGACGGUGGCUACCUUCAGUCGGUUGGCAUGCGCGGUCAACUCUCAGGCUUAUAACUGGAAGAAUGUCAGGAUUGGUGGUGGUGGCGGGUUCAUUCCCGGUAUCGUGUUCAACGAAAAGCAACAGGGACUCGCAUACGCCCGAACGGAUAUCGGAGGGGCAUACAGGCUCAACGCUGACCAUUCCUGGAAACCACUCCUCGAUUCUGUGGAUAGCGACAACUGGAACCACUGGGGCAUUGACGCGUUGGCGACUGAUCCUGUCGAUCCCAACCGCCUUUAUCUUGCUGUUGGAAUGUACACGAACUCCUGGGACCCCAACAAUGGGGCCAUCUUAAUUUCCAAUGACUAUGGUGACACUUUCACCUCGUCACCUUUGCCCUUCAAAGUCGGGGGUAACAUGGCUGGUCGUGGGAUGGGCGAGCGAAUCGCUGUCGACCCCCACAGCAAUAAUAUUUUAUACUACGGCGCCCGCAGCGGAAACGGCCUCUACAAGUCAGUCAACUUCGGAGCGACUUGGACGAAGGUUACCAAUUUCCCCAGCGCCGGUACAUUCAUUCCGGAUCCAAAUGACGUCUACGAAUACAACAACAUCAUUAUUGGCUUCUCUUGGAUCACUUUCGACUCUACCACGGGUACAAAUGGGUCUCCUACUCCUCGUAUCUUUGUCGGUGUUGCCAAUAAAGGCGAAAGUAAUAUCUUUGUUUCAGAGAAUGCCGGUGCCACCUGGACCGCGGUCGCGGGUCAAGACACGACUUUCCUCCCCCAUAAAGGAGUUCUCUCUCCAUCUGAGAACACUCUAUACGUCACAUACAGUGACGGAGCAGGCCCGUAUGACGGGACCGCCGGGGCUGUAUGGAAGUAUCAUAUCCCCACCUCUACCUGGACUAAUAUUACACCCGUGUCUGGCGGUGAUCUUUACUUCGGCUUUGGCGGUUUGGCCGUGGAUUUACAGGUACCGGGAACAAUUAUGGUCGCUGCACUGAACAGCUGGUGGCCCGAUGGGCAAAUAUUCCGCUCAACUGAUAGCGGUGCUACAUGGAGCCCUCUAUGGAGCUGGAAUGGGUAUCCCAACCUUCAGAAGCACUACUCAUACGACAACUCAGGCGCUCCUUGGACUGGUCCCAACUAUCCGAAUACCAACCCCGGUACCUUACAGAUCGGCUGGAUGAUGGAAGCAUUGGUCAUUGAUCCCUUCAACUCCAACCACUGGCUCUACGGAACUGGUGCUACCAUGUAUGGUGGCUUUGAUUUGAAGAAAUGGGAUACUAUACACAACGUAACGCUUGAGGUAUUGGCUGACGGGAUUGAAGAGACCUCGGUUCGUGGGCUCAUCUCCCCGCCAACUGGGGCAAACCUUUUGUCCGGCGUGGCCGACUGCAAUGGCUUCGUUCAUGACAACCUCGAUACACCUAGACCCGCAAGUUACAGCAACCCUACAUGGAUGACAAGUCAAGACCUCGACUAUGCUGGCAAUCAACCGAUGAACAUCGUUCGUGUUGGUGCUGGCGACGAGGAAACGAAACAAGUUGCGAUUUCGUCAAACUCGGGCGCUUCAUGGUCUAUCCAUUAUGGCGCACCUGAUGGUGUUCAUGGUGGAAAGGUUGCUUUAUCCGCCAACGCCGAUACGAUCCUCUGGCGUACUGAGGGCAAUGGUGUGAUGGUCUCACAGUACCAAAGUACCUUUACUGCCGUGGCAUCAUUGCCUUCGGAUGCCGCUAUUGCCUCAGACAAGAAAGCAAACGCAAUAUUCUAUGGUGCUUCCGGUAGCACCUUUUACAUCUCAACCAACUCGGGUCAGACCUUCACCUCACAGGGCACUCUUGGGUCGUCCACGACUGCUCGAGACGUUCUGGUUAACCCAGGCGUUACUGGCGAUGUCUGGGUCUCCACCGAUGCUGGUCUUUUCCACUCGACUAACUCAGGUGCCACUUUCACCUCUAUUUCUGGAGUAGCAGAGGCUUGGAGCAUAGGAUUUGGAGCCCCCGCCUCUACUGGUGGUUACCCUGCCCUUUUUGCCGCAGCAGAUAUCCAAGGCAAAGGAUACUUCAGGUCAGAUGAUGCUGGUGUCAACUGGGUGAAGAUCAACGAUGCUGCCCACGGUUUCGGCGUCAUCAGCGCAAACGUCCUCACCGGCGACCCAAGAAUCUACGGAAGAGUAUACCUUGGUACCAAUGGACGUGGCAUAUUCUACGGCGAUGCGACAGGAACCCAACCUCCUAACACUGCAACCGCAACACCAACCUCAUCUAUACCCCCCAUCACGUCGAACCCUCCAGUCACCUCAAACCCUCCGGUCACCUCAAACCCUCCAAUCACCUCGAAUCCGCCUGUUACCUCAAACCCUCCCCCCGUGACCAGUAGCGCGCCGCCUUCCACGCCAACAGUGGGUCCCUGGGGACAAUGCGGAGGCCAAGGUUACACUGGGCCAACCGUCUGUGCAGCUGGUUCUACUUGCACCGUAAACAACCCCUGGUAUUCUCAAUGUUUACCCAACUAA